AUGCCUAAAGACAACCUAUUGUUUAAACUAGAUAAUCUUGAAUAUCAAUAUCAUUAUUUAAAUAAUACACUGGAUUCUUUUAAGCCAAGAUUGAAUCAAACUAGAAAACUUUAUAGUGCAAAAGGUAAAAAAACAUCACAAAGAGUACAGAAACUUUUGAACUCAAUCACAUUACCAGAUAUCACAGAAGAAUUUAACAAACUAAGAUUGAUCAUCUUUAAUGGUAAAAUCUUCACAGUAGAAAAAAAUUUAAAAAAUUCAUUACUUAAAAAAUUGAAUCAACUGGAGAUAAAAGAUCAUGUAUUAGUUCAGUGUAAAUCUUUAGAACAAUUCGUCAAUUAUAUUGCUGUAUCUAAAUUGAUUAAGGUUUCAAUUUCCAAGAUUGUAGGUAAUAAACAAACCAAUGAUUUGGAGAAUGUGCCUGUAUGGUUUCAAAACCACAAGUAUUUAACAAUUUACAACAAUAAGAACGAUGAUUUGAAUCCAAGUAGGAUAUGGAAUGAAAUAGUAUUGAAAAUCAAAGACGGUGCUAAAAUUGUUGGAUUGUUAAUGAAUGAAAAAAAAUCACAAAGCAUUUUGAAAGUUUUUGAGAAUGGUAUGGACGUAUUUUUAAAUAUUAAUAAAGACAAAAAUAUUAAAAGUAUUAAAAUUGAACAACAAUCAAAGGCAAACUUGGAUAGUGAAAAUACAAAGAAAGACGAAAAGCAACAAUUAGAAAAUGAGGAUGAAGGGGGAGAAGGGGAAGAAUUGCAAAACGGUGAAAAAGAGUUUAUAGAUAUCGAUGAGGAUGAGAUGUUGAGACAGUACGAGGGUUUAGUGGCCGAUUCAGAUAAUGAAAAUGAAAGUGAAGGUAUUUUGGAUCCUAAUGUCAAUUAUAAUGAAGUGACAGAUGAAGAACCAAGUCAAGAGGAAAAUGAUUACGAUAUAGAUGAAGAAAGUGAAGAUGAGAAGGAACAACCUGCCAAGAAGAAAAUAAAACUACCUGAAUUAAUGACAGGUUAUUAUAGUGGUGAUGAUUCAGAAUCAGACUUUGAAGAAGAUAAAGUUGCCAAAGAACAAGCAUCGAACAAAAUCAAGAGAAAAAAUAGACGUGGUCAAAGAGCACGUCGUAAGAUCUGGGAACAAAAAUAUGGUAAAAGGGCUAAUCAUAUACAAAAAGAAUUAAUGAAACAAAAAAAGGCUCGUGAACAAAAACAACAUGAAUACGAAGCUCGUGUAGCCAAAAGAGCUGCGAAGCAAGCUGAAUAUGAUAAGAAUAAUGCAAAUUUCAUUAAAUUAGGGGAAAGGGGCUCUAGAUCAAAUCUAGAUCAAUCUAAUAAAUCAAAAGAAGAACCAGAAGAUAAAAAAAAUAAGAAGAUUGAAGAUCAUCCUUCUUGGGUUGCUAAGAAAUUAGCUGAAGAAAAAUUAAAGAAUACAAAAUUCUCAGGAAAGAAGAUCAAAUUUGAUUAA